AUGAAGCUUACUGCUCUGGCAGUCGGCCUUUUUGCGGCAGGAGCUUGCUGCCAAGAAUCAUCAAGUCCCUAUCUCAGGCCGGACCAGAGCGAAGAGCGUAAGGUAGAUCUUCUUAGCAAACUAAAGCCGGGACUCAACCUCAUCUUAUCCAAUGCCCGAUACGAAUCCGACUUCAAAGAGGCAACAUGUGAGCCGCACUGGAACUUUUGGAAUCUCCUUCAUACGGACUUUCUCAACGUAACCGUGUUUGAGGACAUAAGCAAGGUAGAUUACGACCUCGCCAUCAACACUGAAGUGAUCCGCCGAGUAGACAACGACCAAAGAAGCGGCACAAUGCAGCUCAACACACAAAAGAGUACCAUCAACAUCGAUAGCACUACCUGGGGCUGGAACAUUGGAGGCCAGAUCAACGCGGGAUUUUGGAGUCCAUACACUGGCAACAUGGCCGGCAUCACCAUCACCGGCGGCUAUUCCCGCUCAAACACCAAGACUUCAGAAAAGACAAUUGCAGAAGGGACAGUUUCCCCAUGCGAAGCCAAGUACUCUUGCUGGACGGAAGCUUGGACUGUGAAACUCAUACUCAGAGGGGCUUGCAAAACUGAGGAAAUCAUGCGGAAUGAAAACGGAGACAAGCUCUGGUCAACGGAAAAGUGCCCCACGACCAUCUUUGACGAAGGGCCAUUCGAGUGCGCUCAAUGGGCACAUUGGAAAGACGAAUCCUGCGAAAGGGUCAAAGAGAAGAUUGAUUGCACGGUUGAGACGCCGCUUCUGGACUCGGAUGGCAAGACGCCCUUUCAUCUCGAGCUGGCAUUUAGGCUUCCUAUUCUGCCGCUGUGGGAAAAGCCUCAAAUUAUAGGGUACAAGGCCGGAAGGUACCUACUCAAAGCUGGAGAGCAGGGUUAUACCGAAUACGACCCGGAUCAACAAAUUGCCAAGUACAUGGAUGCUAGCAAGCGUUGGCAUUAUUACGAAGCCUAUCCUACUUUGGAUGACCAAGUCGUCAAGUACGAGCACCCGCACCCAGUGAUCAAGUCGGUCAAGAACAGGUGCUAUGAUCUCGACUCGGCCGAAUGGUACUGCCCAGACAGGACAGGAGAGGACAAGUUUUAUACCCAAGACAAGGGAUACUAUGCCAAGCCAGGCGCCCCUGUGCCUAGUUUUGACGAGAUGGAUAGAGCUGAUAGGCGGCAGUGGCACGUGUCUCAGAGCCGGGAAGUUUGUCAUGACAAGGGGAGGAAGUGUGGAUGGUUUGGCAGGCCUUCGGCUUGUGGAGUCGAUCAUCACCGGGUGGGAGCGGUCGAUUCCUUCGCGGAGGGGGAUACUUCCUUUGACAUGACCUACAUUGGCAAGUUUAAGAGCAACGACAGAGUACAAUGUGAGCAAUGGCUAGGGAAGGGCUCCAGCUGCUGCGACACGCAGAGGGUGCCGUGUGAAAGUGGAUUUUGGCGGCUGUGGUGUGUUGAGGACGCGAAGGCCGAAUCGGAGGAAAUGGAUAACGAUAUCAACUCAGUGUAG